GGGCUGCUGGUCUGGUUGAGUGUAUUCUCUCCUCUGUACCAGGACAAGAUCACAUCUUUCCGGUUCUUCACAGUGCACACAACUGAACAGCUGGAGCUUUAGAGGAAUGAACCAUUUGUUGAGAUGGAGAAGGCUUGCCAGACUGACGUCCAUGCUGCUAUAUUUUGUCAUUAAUGUACUCUGUGCUUCUCAGCAAACAGUCCAGUGUGAGACUCAGCAGGUGAAAGGCAUCGUAGGACAGUCUUUCACUUUUCAAGAGAGGGUGAUCAAGUCUGGCAAUUUACUUUAUGGAGAACUUGGCAGUAUUGCAAAUGUGUACCCUGGUAAAGAAGGCAAAAUCACCCUUGAGAAGAGAUUUGAAAACCGCCUCCGCUUGAACAAUGUUACAAGAUACUUCACUCUGUCGGACCUUCAGAAAGACGAUGCUGGGAAUUAUACUCUGGAGAUAACAGAUGAAGGAAAAAAACCUACAGGAUUUGAGCUCACUGUGUACAAUGUUGUUUCCAAACCUCAGGUGACGGAGUGUGACAGCAGCUCCUGUAGUGUGGGGUGUUCUGUGGACAACGAAAAAGAGGUGACCUUGACCUUGUACAGAGGAGAGGAAAUACUAAACCAGACCAGCAGUCCUAACCUCACCACCGAUCUAUCUCUCCGUUUGGAGGUAGAGGGAAAGGACUACAACUCCACCUACAGCUGUGUGGCUGCCAACCCUGUCAGCAAUGAGACAGUUCAUGUCCCAAAAUGUUGCAGUGAAGAUGGUCAUGCUAAUGAUGCAGACAGUGAUGGGAUGACUCUGGGUUUGCUUAUUAUUGCUGUAAUCUGCGUUUUGGUUGCCUCAGGGCUGGUUGGACUUGCAAUCUAUCUAAAGAAGAGGGGAAAUGUACACUCACAAGGCAGGAGGAGCGAACAGAGAUCCCGGAAUUGGAGUCGCACAGAACAGAUAUACCAGAAUUGGAGUCGCGUAGAGAAAACCCUACCCUGACAUCAGUUUAUGAUACACUCCGGUUACAUCGCAUGGCUGCCAGCGGGGAUGUUGACACAGCAUGAAGGAGAAAAACGGGAAGUCAAUGGGAGGCCGAAAUGAUAACUGACAUCCUGUAGAGGUUGGUAUAUCAUAAAGAGGACGUUGAAACAAAAUUAAAGU